AUGUCGAAAGCCGAGUUCAAUCUUGGCCGGGAGGAGCAGCGGCGAGCGCAACGCGAGCGGCUGCAGUCCUAUGCGUCGGACGAGCAGAGCCGGCUGGAGCGCGAGACGGUCUCCCGCCACCUCAAGGAGCAGAGUGACCUCCAGCGUGCUCUCUCCCUCUCCCGUCUCGAGCAGCAGAGCAGCAGCAGGAGAGGCGGCGGGCCGGGAGGCGGCGGCACGUCGAGCGGGCAUGCCGCGGCGCCAGGCGGCGACAGCGACGAGGAGUUCCUCGCGGCACUGGAGGCGUCGAAGCAGGAGGCGGAGGCGCGUGCCGGCGGGGCGAGCAGUGGCAGUUUGGGCAGCGGAGAGCGGGGCAGCGGAGAGGCUGACGAUGCCAUCGUCGCGCACCUAAUCGGGAUGGGCUUCCCGCUCCCUCUCUCGCGCCGCGCGGCGCUCGCCGUCGCCAAUCGCUCUGCCGAGGCGGCGGCGGAGUGGGUGCUCAUGCAGGGCGACGCGAAGCUCGCCCGACCCGGUCCCGCCUGA